CGGUUCCUCAGGACCCCCGCCUCCCAGCCGCUCUCGCGGCGGCGACCCAUGUGGGGGUCACGACUGCUGCGGUCGCCGCUGCUGCUGUUACUGCCGCAGCUCGGAAUCGGAAACGCCCCGUCCUGUUGUCAGGCCAGAAGCAUGAACUCGGGCGGCUCCGGCAGCUCGCCAUGCCCCCUCGCUGCCGAGGGGCGCCGCCAGCCGUGCCUGCAGCUGUCCACGGUGCCGGGAGCCGAGCCGCAGCGAAGCAACGGGGUGCUCCUGCUGGCGCCGGCUGGGGAGGGACGGGAGCGGCCGGGCCUCCCCGGGGUCUCGGCGAAGGAGGAGCCCCAGCCGCCGCCCCAGCAUCACGUCCUCUAUUUCCCCGGGGAUGUGCAGAAUUAUCAUGAAAUUAUGACUCGUCAUCCUGAAAAUUAUCAGUGGGAAAACUGGAGUCUAGAAAAUGUUGCCAGCAUUUUAGCUCACCGAUUCCCCAAUAGUUACAUUUGGGUGAUAAAGUGUUCCCGGAUGCAUUUGCACAAAUUCAGCUGCUAUGACAAUUUUGUGAAAAGCAACAUGUUUGGUGCUCCAGAACACAGCCCCGACUUUGGAGCUUUUAAGCACCUCUAUUCUUUAUUAGUGAAUGCUUUUAACUUGAGUCGUAACAGUUUGCUAUCAAAGAAUGUGAAUGUGUGGAAUAAGGACUCCAAAACAUCUAAUUGUAGACCCAAUUCUCCCACUACUAAUGGUUGCCAAGGAGAAAAAGAGAGGACCUGUGGAAAAUUUAAUGAGUCUGCCAUGGAAUUUUACCCACCGUCACUAAAUGGUGCAUCAUUUACUUUGAUUGGAUUCAGUAAAGGUUGUGUUGUUUUAAAUCAGUUGCUUUUUGAAAUGAAAGAAGCCAAGAAAGACAAGAACAUAGAUGCUUUCAUUGGAAGCAUAAGAACGAUGUACUGGCUUGAUGGUGGUCACUCCGGAGGAAGCAAUACUUGGGUUACUCAUCCAGAAGUCUUGAAAGAAUUUGCACAAACAGGGAUUGUUGUUCACACCCACGUAACACCUUACCAAGUGCAUGACCCCAUGAGAUCUUGGAUUGGAAAGGAGCACAAGAAAUUUGUUCAGAUACUUGAGGAUUUUGGAAUGCAGGUGACUAGCCAAAUUCAUUUUGCAAAGGAGACUCCUUCCAUAGAAAAUCACUUUAGGGUUCAUGAGGUAUUUUGAGACCUAUAAGAAUUCUCUUGUUCUUGCCUAGAACAUAAGCACUUUCAGUGGUAUAAAUUCAGACAAUGAGAUGUAACUUGUAAGUGAAUUAUUUUUGAUGAUAUGUGUAAGUGCAUUUCUUCAGUUAAUAGGAAUUCAUAGGUGCAUUGUCAUUUUGCGAUGGGGUAAACAUACAUUCCUAAAAUAUGUGUAAUGUACAAUGGUGUUCUUUGCUUAUGAAUAUGAGCAGUUUUAAGUUUGGUUACAUUCAAAUUACUUAAUUUGAAAUCUAAAAAGGUGGUUUGUGAUAAUCCCUUAGGAAAUAUAAAAGUUGUUAAUAUAGUCCCUAAUGGUAACUAACAUUGUUGGAAUUAGUUGAUUUCCUGAAUGAUUUCAAAUAAUUUUGAUGACAUUAAAACAAUUAGUUCAGAAACCUGA